CUUAAUUCACCCACCUGCCAAGGAUAUAAGCCCUGGGUUGUCAGAGCCACUAACAGAAGCAUCAGCAGCAAGAGACGACUUGAAGAUCAGUGAAAGCUGGCUGGCUGAGUCCUAUAGCAUCUCUUGACAUUCAGCUCUGUCUCUGCUUCUUUCUACCUCCUUUUCAUGAUGGUCAUGUCUGUGAAGCCCUGGCCUCUCCUGAUGGCCGUGACACUGUGUGUCUUGUUCUGCCUGGGAACCUUGGUGGAUGCCUACCCUCCAAAACCAGAGAGCCCUGGAGAAGAUGCCUCCCCUGAAGAAAUGGCCAAAUACUUCUCGGCUCUUCGGCAUUACAUCAACUUGGUGACAAGGCAGAGGUAUGGCAAGAGAUCCAGCCCAGAGUCCUUGAUGUCAGAGCUUAUUUUUGGAGACAGCAGCACCAGCAGUGACCAUAAUGGCAGAUCACGGUAUGAUGAUUCCUACAUGUGGUGACAACCUACCCACUGAAGAGUCGGAGGUCCAUCAGCUGCCUCUUUUUACACAUUCCAAUCUUGUUGUGUUCUUCUGCAUUUUCUAAAAACAAUUUGAAACCUUUUGUGAAAGAGGGCCUGUCCUCUCCCCACCUAAAUGUUCUCUUUGGGGCUUUUUCUUUGUUUAAUAACAGCAUUACAAUGGAGUCGUGUACCUUUCUUCCUAUACACUAGUAGGGGGUUCUGCAAAAAAAAAAGUGCCACAGGGGACAAGGUGGGGUGUCUGUUAUCUUUGGUGGUGACCUAGGUUGUAUUUGUUGUGACAUCUAUGUUUACUCACUGGUGCAAAAUCCCACUCAUGUCCACUUUGGGUCUAUCUUAUUUUAUACAUAAUGUGCGUGUCUGUGUGUGCAAGUAUGAAUGUAUGUUUGUAAAUGUAUGUAUUUUGGAUGGAUUUCUUCUAUGUUCACAAUAAAACAGCAAGUUUAAUGGAGAAAA